CGUUCCGCCUGGAUACGAGGUCUCGACUUGCGCAGAUGACUGCAUCUUUUUACACUUCCGGUUAUAUAUUGCUACGCCAACAUAAUCUAGGCGCAUUGAUCAUCUCCGGCGAUAACUGAGUUAUAAGGCGCUUGUUACUGCUGGACAAAAGACAGGAAAAACAAGUAGAGUGUAUUCUGUUUGUUUGGGAAAUCUGAGAAGAGUCUUCGUUCAUUACAAAUUCUGCCAGAAUGUGAUUGCUUGUCAUUUCUUUAAUGUUCUAAACUUUCGAAAUUCACGAAAUAAUGUAUGAAAAGACCCAUAGAGUGUUAAUUAAAAUAUUUUUAGAUGGGGCAGCCACACAACUUUACUCAUGAAAUUUUCUUCUCACUAAAACAACUGAGACUUAGAAAGAGAUCAUUGUCCCUUUCUUACUCAGAAAACUGUAAUCACAGUUGUCAAGUCCAGUCCUUGAUCUUGCAGAUAAAUCAAGUCUCGCUCAAUAGUCCUUAUUGUCUAUGAUUAGUUUCGUCUAAUCAUAUAAAUAAGGACACUUUUGUUUUUAAAUUUUCUAAAUGACUACACCGAAAAAGGAAUUCGAGAAGCAAGACGAAUCAACUCGAAGAAAGUCUGCAAGUUCUCGCGGUAUGCAUAGCUCACAGCGCCCAGGUUCUUCCAGUAACACUGGAGUGUUGAUGGUGGGUCCUAAUUUCAGAGUGGGCAAAAAGAUAGGUUGUGGAAAUUUUGGAGAAUUAAGAGUGGGUAAAAAUCUCUACAACAAUGAACAUGUGGCCAUUAAAUUGGAACCUAUGAAGUCAAGAGCUCCUCAAUUACACUUGGAGUAUCGCUUCUAUAAACAGCUUAGCCAGUCAGGUUCAGUGCCGGAAGGUGUGCCAAAUGUGUUCUACUUUGGUCCUGUGGGAAAAUACAAUGCUCUUGUGUUGGAACUUCUAGGACCCAGUCUAGAAGAUCUGUUUGAUCUCUGUGAUAGAAAGUUUACUCUUAAAACAGUGCUUAUGAUUGCGAUUCAGUUGAUAACACGUAUGGAAUAUGUCCACUCAAAGCAUUUGAUAUACAGAGAUGUUAAGCCUGAAAACUUCUUGAUAGGAAGGCAAUCCACUAAAAAGCAGCAUAUCAUUCACAUCAUUGACUUUGGUCUAGCCAAAGAAUACAUUGACCCAGAAACUCACAAACAUAUUCCAUAUAGAGAACAUAAAAGCCUGACAGGGACAGCAAGAUACAUGAGUAUAAACACACAUCUUGGCAAAGAACAAAGUCGGAGAGAUGAUCUUGAAGCGCUUGGCCACAUGUUCAUGUACUUCCUUCGUGGCAGCUUGCCUUGGCAAGGUUUAAAAGCUGACACAUUGAAGGAAAGAUACCAGAAAAUUGGUGAUACUAAACGGGCUACACCUAUAGAAGUCUUAUGUGAAAAUUUCCCAGAAGAACUUGCUACAUAUUUACGAUAUGUUAGAAAGUUGGACUUUUUCGAAACCCCGGACUAUGAUUAUUUGCGACGGCUUUUUACAGAUCUCAUGGACAAAAUGACUUAUGUUUGUGACUGGGAGUUUGACUGGGUUGGAAAACAGAUGUCCACCCCACAGAGUGUUGUUGAGAAUACUGUAUCUCCACAGAGGGAAGUCAACCAGGGCAGAGAUAGGCAUACUGCCCAGCAGGCAAGUUCUAAUCAAAGGGGUCAGCAUGCCUGGGGUGAACAGCCAAGACAAUAUCUAGGAGACAACUUGGCCUCUAAUAGGCAUGGGGGUUCCGUGCAGGUGGUAAGUUCUACUAAUGGUGAUCUUGCUCCAGAGGACCCUAACACUCAAUCUAACACCCCCAUUACUGCACAGCCUGAGGUUGAAAUCAACGAUGAAACUAAGUGCUGUUUCUUCCGCCGUCGCAAGAAGAAGAAGGGACGCCGCAGUUAAAAAGUGGUGCUGUGGUUGCUUUAGGUGGAAAAAUUCUCGACCGCGCGCUAAAUCUAAACGCCAAAAAUGACAAAAAGCACUGAGUCACCAGAGGGAUGUCAAACAAUUGAAACCACUUGAGCUUUCAUGUGAUAGUACUUCAGCUGAAAUUUCACAAAGUCCUCUUCAUUCUCAUCACUACAAUAUUAGAGAAGACCUAAUAGUCCAUGGAGUCCCAAGAUGCGAGGCGUGGUGUCUUGUCUGCAUGUCCUCAGCUGCAAGAGAUGUUACUCUGGGUGGACACAUCAACCAAACAUUUUUGUAACGCAUCUUUCAUUUAGUAAUAAGCAAACAUUUUGAUUGGAAACUUUUGCUGUCUUCUUUGAAAACUACUGUAGCUCGUCUUUUGAUAAUAAUUGCAGUAUAAAUCUAUUUUAUUACACACAUUUUUAUUUUUAAUAUUUUAAAAUACUGACUAUUUCACUUUGGUAGUGUACAAUGUUGUUUCCUGUAGUUCUCUGUUUGGUUUUUAAUCUCAUCUGACCAUGUUCUUGAGGUUCAAGUCAUUAUGUGCCAUAGAACCUUUCUGGUGUUAAGCUGCAGUUUUAUUUCUAUGCGUAUACCUGACCAGAUCAGCAGUGUAGCAAUCAUUUGACAAAGACUUUUUGUACUUUAAAAAAAAAUAAGCCACUUAAAGUAAUUACUAACUAGAUCUUUUUUAUGUGUUCAAGUUGAUGUUUAAAGAAAAGUUUUUGAUGAUUGUAGUAUUAAGUCUGUAACAAAGAAAAAGAGCUCGGGUAUAAAAAAAAAUAAUUAGGAUAAAAAUAACAGCUAAUGAAAUGUACAAGUCUUAGCCAUAAAUGGUUGGCACUUCAUGCCCUCUAGUGACUCAGUGAUAAGUUUUACACAUAUGCAUGUUAAUGUACAUACUUUUCAUUUUUUUUUCUUCAUUAUUUGUCAUGUUUGUUCCUCCCCCAUCCAAUGAUGUAAAUACUAGCUUGUAGUUUAUACUAGUUACACUGGGCAAAUAUUUUUUUUGGAUUUGGAUUGCUUUCUUUACACAAAUUUGUUCUAAUAACAAUUACAAAAAUGCUUUUGAUGAUGAGCUAAUUUCUGAAUCACCUGAACAUGUUGUAAAUCAUUAUCAAUAAUUGUGAUUUGACAAUGAUCCUACCUAAAGCACUCCAUUUAAUAUUACCUGAUAGUUUCUACAACUCUGGGAAGCAGUUUUUCAUCAUAGCACUUGUUUGCACAGUUCUGUUGUUAAAAUGAUAUGGACCGGUACCUGUUGUAUUGAAGAAAAUUCUUCCCAGUCUCUUUAACAUUCUAGUGCUGCUGAUGCCGUAGGGAAGGUUCAAGUGUGUUAAAUCAUUGUAUUUUGUGUUUGUUCCUAGGUUUUUAACACUCGACACCAAUCAAUGGUGAAUAGUUAAUAUAUUUAUAUUUAAGUCAUUUUAAAAAUUCCUUGUAAAAGAAGUUUCAUAUUUUAUUGUGUGAGUAUUAGUAAUAUGCAAAUAUUUGCUCUAUUCUAUUUUAAAGAAGUCCUGUUUGUUCCAAAAAAAAUAAUGAUAUGAAUGAAGAAAUAAAAAUGUUCUAAACUUUUAUGUAGUUGUGUGCUAGACUUUUUGCCUGUUAUGGCAUUGGGCUACAUGUAAAUAUUUUUAUAUAAAAAAAUGAUUGCAUCUGUUCGCUAAUCAGAUCAACAGGGUGAAACUUGUUUAGAAUAACUGUUUUAAAGUAGCAUUAGCUGUAUGUACUAACAGUUUAUAUUCCUAUUCUAAAUUAAAAGUGAAUAAUGUGUACUUUUUCCUUUAACUAUAAUUAUGUUAAUUAAGCAGCUCUAAACACGCACAGCACCUCAGUAGUUUGCUUUCAGAUUUUAAAAUAUUCCUGAUAAAACUGCAUUAAUUACUUUGUACUGUUUUAGUUUUUUCAUGAUGGUUUAGGAAGACAACUAUUCAGAAUUUUCAGUUUAAAGUAACAUUAAUAUUAACAAUAAUUAGAGUAGAAAAUUCAAUAUCUUCAAGUAUAAUAAUAAUAACCAUUGGUUUGAUUACCAUUGGUAAACAAGUUCUGUCACUAAAUUUAAUUAUACUAUACUUGAUGUAUUUUAUUUCAUUAAUGUAGAUAGCUAGUCUUUUUUUUUUUUUUUUUAGUUUUUUAUUUAAAAAUUAUAAAGCAAAAUAAAAUAUACAUCAUUCCAUUUUUUUUAAAUCUAAGCAAACAUUUAACAAUACCUAAAUACUAAGAAAUAUAUUAUUUAAAUUCUGUUCUAACAGAAUCCCUCAGCUGUGUAGACACAAUCUUAGACGCUGCUUCACUACUUGAUGUUCAUUCACUACUUAGUCCCUUCUCCCUGGACAAAUGUAUGCUCGUGAUGGCUAUUUUCUUAUUUCAUUGAAUUGCUACAUAUUUAUUCAUGUCCAUUCAAGACAUAUCUCCAGGUCGCAUCCCAAACAUGACAGUGCUGUACAAUAUCUAAGGUUACAAGAUUAUUUUAUGCACAGAGCUAUUUAUGAUAGAUGGUCAACAUUUAGGUUAGUGUUUGAAUCUCCUUAUAUGUCACCGUUACACAUUUUUCUAGUUUCAGUUUUAAGUGAAGAUGUUUGUUUUCCAUGGAUUAUCACUUAACGACUCUAGCUCUGUUCAUUUUCUAUUCCAAGUGCAUUUGGGAGAUAGUGUGCUUGUUCUGAAUGAGCCAAUGUUACAUAGAAAUAUUUGUUAUCAAGCAGUUAUAUCUGGUCAUCCUUAUAGACACUCGUAUUGCCUGACAACACUUGUAACUUGCCCAUGUAUUUUUGUAAUCAAGAGUUGGUUCUGUCAAAGACAGUGCUAUCCUUAUACAUUAUGUGGUUUGAGAUGUGCACAAAUACAUUGUGAUGAACAUUAUUUUUCUUCUAUGGAAAAUGUGCUGGUGAAAAGUCUUGUGUUGUAUUAUGGUACCAUCUUGGUUGCCUGUAUGUUUUUUUUUUUUUUUUAAAUUUGCUUUAUAAAGCCUGGUUGAGUUCAAAUGUGAAUGUGUGAAUGGUUUUUGGCAAGAUAUAAAACAUUUGUACAUGACCAAAUAAACAAAAAAAAAAUGUUA